AUGGACGACCAAGUCAAGUCUCGCCGAAAGCAUGACAACAAUCGCGACAAACCAAAUGGGCUCGCUGAGUUCAAGCAAGCGCAACUCGCUGGUGGAUGGGUACCCGGCAUGGAUAUCAAAGUGGACUACUCAGGGGAGUUCGAAUUCGGUGGUUCCCUCGGAACCUUGGCACUUAUGACUGGCUUCCCGUUGCUGAUGUGGUACAUGUGGAUCGGUGCUACCUACUAUGAUGGGAAGCUACCUCUGCCCCAAAAUGGAGAGUCCUGGAUGGACUUUGGAAAGCAUCUGUGUCACCUUGUUUACACCGGUGCGUUCCCGCACUUCAAGGCGUGGCGCAUCUACUGGACCUUCUACAUCUUCGAGGCAGCAUGCUACAUCUUCAUGCCCGGAUUCACGUGCUAUGGGAAGCCACUUCUCCAUCUGAAAAGCAAGCGGCUGGAGUAUUAUUGCUCAGCCUACUGUAGCUUGUACUUUACAAUCGUCGUUAUGGCCCUUCUGCACUACACUGGAGUGUUCCCAAUUUACACUAUCCUGGAUGAGUUCGGUCCUCUGAUGUCUGUGGCGAUUCUUUCCGGGUUUCUCGCCAGCUUUUUCGCUUAUUUCUCUGCCUUUGCUCGGGGUGCCCAGCACCGCAUUACUGGUUACCCAAUCUAUGAUUUCUUCAUGGGAGCCGAACUGAACCCACGUUUGUUCGGGAUCCUGGACUUUAAAAUGUUCUACGAAGUCCGCAUCCCAUGGUUCAUGCUCUUGGGUUUGAGCUGCGCGGCUGCCACUCGCCAAUAUGAACAAUACGGAUACGUUUCUGGUGAGGUUUUGUUUCUUGUCAUGGCGCAUUUCCUUUACGCCAACGCCUGCGCCAAGGCAGAACACUUCAUCACCACAACAUGGGACAUGUAUCAGGAGAAACUGGGAUUCUUGUUGAUCUUCUGGAACAUGGCUGGUGUCCCUAUGUCUUACUGCCACUGCGUUCUGUACCUAGAUAGACGCCACCCGUCGACAUAUGCAUGGAACAAAACUGCAUUGACGGUAUUGUUUGUGUCGUAUGUUUUCGUCUACUGGGUCUGGGACACUGCAAACAGCCAGAAGAACGCCUUCCGCAUGAUGGAGCGAGGCAAAAUGGUGGAGCGGAAGACAGUCCCCCAGCUCCCUUGGCGACAUGUUCACAACCCAAAGACACUUGUGACGGAGAAAGGUGAUACUCUUUUCGUUGAUGGGUGGUAUCAAUUGGCUCGCAAGGUCCAUUACAGCUGCGAUAUGUUUUUCGCUUUGUCGUGGGCACUGAUCACCGGGUUCGACAGUCCCCUUCCCUGGUUCUACCCCGUCUUUUUCGCGGUCAUGAUUGGCCACCGUGCCAUGAGGGAUAUCAACAAAUGUAAAAACAAGUAUGGGAAGACGUGGGAUGAGUACCAGAAGCUGGUUCCAAGCCUCUUCAUUCCGUAUUUAAUCUAG